AUGCCUGGGUCGGACCGAGACCGACACCACGGGACCAAGCGGAAGCCGGAGUCGAGCAUCGGCGCCGCCCUCCACACGGCCGCGACCGGCAAAGAGGGCAAGUCGCACUUGAAAUCUCUGAUGGCCUCCUCCAAACGCAAACGACAUAAAUCGGCCAAAGUCCGGGAUUUGCCGGCGGCAGAGGCAGAGGCCGAGGCCGAGGCGCAGCCGACGACCCUUCCCGAAGAGCAUAUUUUACAGGGCCGCGCGGCGCCUCCUAGCGUCCACCUCAUGAAGCCUCUGGUGGAGUACGACGAUAUCAGCUCGGAUUCGGACACCUUCUCGGACCCGCCGACCGCUAGACUGGCCGACAGGGUGGUGGUGAUGGAGCGACUCCAACCCUCGCCCGACUACACGGCCAACGAACCCGCCCGCGAGAGCAAGAGCCACAGACACUCUCGCAGAAAGUCCAAAGACCCCAACAAAGUUCGAGACCCCGGUAACGGGGAACGCGGCUUCAAAAAGAAGAGCGGCAAGGACCGCGACAAAAGCGCUCCCGGCGCCGGCAAGGAGAAAUCCGCGUUGUCCGGACCGUCCAAGUGCCGCCUUCAGCAGGAAGCGGACUUCAAGAGAGGAGAGCCCGCCGUCUCGCAAAUGCCGCCUGCGGUCGGCGCCCCCUCGUCCCGCGGCAAGGAGGGCGGCCGCCCGGGCAAGCCCCGCAAGGACAAGCAGCAGAGGCGAGAGGCCCGACUAGAAGCCGCUCACGGCCAACCGCAGCGGGCCAGGGGAGAACGGAGUCACCGCAAAUCCUCCAAGAGCAACAAGUCCGGCCCCAAAGGCAAAUCCGGCCGAGGUAGCCCUCGCAGAAAAAGCGCCGCCCUGUCGCCCGGUCCCAGGAGGGCGGACAGCCCGCCGGGCGGACAGAUGAUGGACGACUACUCCAGGCGGAAGGCUUUCCAGCAGUGCCCCAGUCCCUACGGGGACACCGGCCGGCGCGGUAGGCAGAGAUCGGACAGCCCCUACGGCGGCAGGCGCAGGUCGUCCAGCUUCGAGCGGGACGGCAGUCCCUACUCCCGGAGGCGUUCCGUCAGCCCCUACGCCGCCCGACGCUCCUCCAGCGCCAGUCCCAGCCCCCUGUCGAGGCGCUCCGGCCGUUCCCGAAGCAGAUCCCCUCCGCUGUACUCCUCGUCUUCCUCCUCUCGCCGCUCAUCCUCCCGUUCCCGCGGCAAGCGUCACGGGCCGGCGGCCGGGACGUCGGGCGGCGGCUCUUACGGCGGCCGGCCCCCCAGCCGCUCACCUCCACGCUUGCCUCUCAACUCCAGCCUGGGCGCGGAGCUCAGCCGGAGGAAGAAAGAGCGGCAGGCGGCCGAGGCGGCGGCCGCGGCGGCGGCGGCCCGCGCCGGCGCGUCUUCUCCCGGCGCGCAGAAAGCGCCGGCCCCCUCCUCGUCCUCCUCUUCCUCUACCUCGCGGCCCAGAGCGGAGGAGGCGGCGAAUGAUUCCGGAGAAGCGGAAUCUCAACCUCCGCCUUUGGCGCGGCCGUCACCGGAAGCGACCGCGUCGGAAGAAGCGGCGGCGGCGGCGGCCCCCUUGCCCCCGACGCCGGCCGCCUUCUCUCCGGCCGAACCGUCGCCCCCCGAGCCCCCGGGACCGAGCUUCUCGGACGCGGCGCCACAGCUCCCGCGAGCCGACGCCCUCGUCGCGCCUCCGCCGCCCAAAUCUCCCCUUCCUAUCCCCGCGCGCAGUCCCGCCCGACAGACGCCGCUCCACAAAACGUCGACGCUGCCGCCUCUGCCUUUGCCCCCCGUGUUGCUGGGAAAUUCUCAGGGCAGCCCAAAGAAGUCCACUUUUCCUCAGCGAGGGUCCAGGAGGGAGAAGGAAAUCCGGAGCCGGCCGUCAAUCAUCGACCUCCCGCUGCCGCCCACCCUGCCCGGGGGAGACUCCUCGCCCCUCCAGUUGGCCACCCAUCAGGGAUUGUCGCUCACCCAGCCGGCCCUCAAAAGGAGACCAAAGAUUUGUUGCCCUCGAUACGGCGAGCGCAAACACACCAUGAGCGACUGGGGCAAGCGAUGCGUGGAUAAGUUCGACAUCAUCGGAAUCAUCGGAGAGGGCACCUACGGCCAAGUGUACAAAGCCAAGGACAAAGACACGGGCGAGUUGGUGGCUCUGAAAAAAGUACGCUUGGACAACGAGAAGGAGGGCUUCCCCAUCACGGCUAUCAGAGAGAUCAAGAUCCUGCGCCAGCUCAAGCACGGCAGCGUGGUCAACAUGAAGGAGAUCGUCACCGACAAGCAGGACGCGCUGGAUUUUAAAAAGGACAAAGGAGCCUUCUACCUGGUCUUCGAGUACAUGGACCACGACCUGAUGGGCCUGCUGGAGUCGGGCCUGGUCCAGUUCUCUCACGAGCACAUUCGCAGCUUCAUGCGCCAGCUGAUGGAGGGCCUGGACUACUGCCACAAGAACAACUUUUUGCACCGUGACAUCAAGUGUUCCAACAUACUGCUCAACAACAGAGGUCGGAUUAAACUGGCCGACUUUGGCUUGGCUCGUCUUUACAACUCGGAAGAGAGUCGACCGUACACCAACAAAGUCAUCACGCUGUGGUACCGCCCCCCCGAGUUGCUGCUGGGCGAGGAGAGGUACUCGCCGGCGAUCGACGUGUGGAGCUGCGGGUGCAUUCUGGGAGAGCUGUUCACCAAGAAGCCCAUUUUUCAAGCCAAUCAGGAGCUCCUGCAGCUGGAGCUCAUCAGUCGCCUGUGCGGCUCCCCUUGUCCCGCGGUCUGGCCCGACGUGAUCAAGUUGCCUCUCUUCAACACCAUGAAGCCCAAGAAGCAAUACCGCCGGCGACUACGGGAGGAAUUUGCUUUCUUGCCGACCCCCGCCCUGGACCUGCUGGACCGAAUGCUGACACUGGACCCGUCGCGGCGCUGCACGUCGGAGGGGGCGCUCCACAGCGACUUCCUGCGCGACGUGGACCCCGACAACAUGCCGCCGCCGGAUUUGCCCCAUCAUCAAGACUGCCACGAACUGUGGAGCAAGAAGCGGCGACGCGCGCGUCAGAGCGGGCUGCCCGAGGAAGCCCUCCCCAAAGCGCCCCGGAAGGAAUCGUCCGGCGGGGAAAACAGUCGUCCUCAAAGCAGUCCGGCCGGGGCGCCUCCCGCGCCGCCGCCGCCGCCGCCUCCUCCGCCUCCUCCUCCCCCGCCGGGAAAGCCGCCUCCGAACGCCGUCCCGGACAAUGACUUGUCAGCGUUGGGAGCCGCCGCCGAGCAACUCAACCAGACGGAGAUGGCCCUGCUGCUCAACCUCCUCCAAGGCCAGACGGAGUUCUCCAUCCCGCAGGUCUCCCAGCUCCUCAGCCUGUCGGACGCCGAGACGGCGGACGGGCCGGCCCCCGGCGAGGCCCCCGAGCGGCCGGCCGCCGAGGCGCCCGAGCCGUCCCCGGCGGAGGACGCGGCGCGCCUCCCGGAGGACCAGGCCGGCCUGCUGGCGCUCAUCCUGGGCCACAUCAUCAAGCCGGAGGGCGAGGAGCGAGCCGCCGACGAGAGCAGCAACGGCGUCCGCUCGGAGGAGCCCCUAACGCGCGCUUCGUCCGCCUCUACUACUGAGCGCAAGGAUGCGGCCAAAAGGAAGGCGUUCCGCAGUUGUCCUUUGCCCCCGCGUCCACCCUCCCCUCCGGAGCUCCCCCUACCCUGCCCGAGUCAGGAUAACGGCACGUCGGCCGUGGCGGCCGCUCUCCUGCGUCUCAUCUCUGACGCCGGGGCCUCUUCGGCAGGAGAGGAGCCGGUCGCGGAGGCGUCACCCGGUCCCGAGGACGCAAUUGGAGCUCUUGAAAGCGAUGCGGCCGAGUUCCCCAAAGACCGGGACCUCCGCUUUUCCCACUGA